AUACAUGUUACAGAAUUUGAUGAUUUCAUUCAACUCUUAGAAAGGGAAAAGAAUGAUCUUCUUGAAAUAAAUCCUAACUUAGAGUUCUUGGGAAAGAUGGAAGAAGCUCGAAGAAAGGCCACGUAUAAGAUCAGUUUAUUUCUCAGCUCCUUUCUCAAGGCCUUGAAACAGUCAGGAGAGUCAGGCACAUACCUACUGUUACUUUCCAUUGCAGUUGGUGCAGGGUACAAGGAGAAAAACGAAACCUUUCAUUGUCUCCUAGGACGUGAAGACUUAAAUUUCCUGUUAUGUGAAAUGAAAGAAGCCCAUGAAAAAUACCAGAACCUUAAUAAGAAAUGUGCCUAUAUGGCUCAGGCAUUCCUUCUGUUCACAGGACUCACAGUUACCACUCGUCCUAUUUCUGUGUCUUCAGAAGAAAAGAAGCAACGUUUGGAGCUCAUGCAAUCUCACAUGGGACAGUCAUGGUCCAAAGAAGUGCUUCAUAUCCUCUCAAAACCCAGGGCAGGUCAUGAUUGGGAAACUCUGGAGAAAGACUUGAAUUUCCUCAUCAGUGGAGAAUAUGAAGCUACAUUGAACUGUUUACAGCUGGACCAGGUGAAAAAAGAACUGGAAAGUAUCUCUCAGAGAAAGAUGAAGUUAUGUGAACCAGAACUAAGUACCAUCAAACAGCAUGAAGUGAUAAAUUCCAGCUUUUUAGACUUAGCCAAGAGGCUUGAUCUGGAGCCUUACUAUCCAAGGAAGAUGGGUAGGGCAGAUUUCCAUCUGAUUUCCAAGACUUCUGUGCAUGACACUGAGCCAGACAAAGAGAAUCGGUUGCCAUUUUAUUUCCUACAGAAGCUAUUGAUGCUGGAUUGCAGACUUAGAUACUUGGUCUGCAAGAUAGAGGGAGACACAACUGGUCAGACCAGGACUCUCAGAAACCUUGAGGAUGACACUUCAGAUCCUUAUGAUGAUUUUUUCAAUAAUAGUGACACACCCUCUGCCCUCUUGACCACAGGCCAGCCCCAC